UCGAGGCGAGAACACACGGCCCAAACAGGCGCGCAUGUCAGACGAGUUGCUUUCGGUUUUUCGACUCGAGCCAUACACGGCGUAUACGCGAUGCGACCAGCUUUGAGUCAAUAAAAAUGGUCAGUGGUCAGUGCUGCGAUUGUCGCAAGAGAUAAUGUGUCAAUAAUUAAACUGGUUAAUCGGUGAGGUUCGAUCAGUAUGUCAACAGAAUUUCACCCAAGGAAGGAACUUCAAUGUGGUCAGUCAUUCGGCAAUUCACGUGAUGUGAUUGGAAAUAAGCAACGCUAAGUGCAACUAGCUGCCAUUGCCAAUUUGCGUGUUGGGCUUUAGCUUUGAUGGCUCGCCUCAAUUGCCAUUUCGAUUUGGAAUCCGAUUUUGAUACCGUCGACAAAUAGUACAAGUCCCGUGACCCGUGAGCAAUGUUCGAUUGAAUGCAGCGAAUACAGCAACGACAACAGCAACAACUGGCAUCGCAGCAACAACAGCAAGAGCAACACUAGCACCAGCAGCAACCGCAACAAGUGCAACAUGUUGACCACACACCAUCUGCACCACCUGCACCACCAUCGAGGCAGCACGGCAGUGGAGCUGGACAAGAUAACGAAUCUAAACACGCUCAUCGUGGAGAUCAACAGUCAUGUGGCGCUUUUCCGCGAUAUGCUGAUACACGUUGGCCAGGCCAAGGAUUGCCCGGAACUGCGUGAGAAGAUCCGCAAGUUGCGGCGCACCUGCGUGGAGGCAUUCAAGCACACGGCUCAGAUACUCAUGCCCCAGGUCAAGAGUGCCAUGGCCGAUGGCAUCCUCACCGACAACCCGCACUUGGUGCUCCUGUUCUACAUGGCUCAGUUGUUCCUACGUGAACUUGUGAAGAGUUAUCGUCUCAUACAAGUCGUGCCAAUGGAUAUGUCCGGCUAUUAUGAGAACCGCGCCGGACCUUCGAACCUGGGUAAUGUCAUAAGCCAGAUUUUGUUGUGCAAACAAAUCACGCCGGACUUCAACGAGGAGGAAUUGUGCAGCAUUACCAAAGACUCGCAGGACAUAGCCGUCCUUCUAUCCGAGAUGCAGGAGUACAUGCCGCAGCACGAGGCGUACUUGGAACGAAACGCAGCACUGGACACAACCGGACCCUGGCAGGCCAAAAGGCGUCAGAACUACAUCUGCAAGAAUAUGAGCCUUCUCUGCUGCGUCUCCAGGCCAAAUUAUCUCUGAGAGCAGGCGGAUAGUGUUUAAUCCAGCCUAACUUAGGCCCAGAUGGUCAGAAACACUCAACCCACUACUUAUAUCAAUUACUAGAGCCUAAGUUGAGCCUACAUAUACCACAUAGAAGAAAUCCUAGCAUUAGGCCGAGGAGGUGAACACUCGAUUGGCAUUGUAACAUAAUCAAAGCUCGAUGGCAGUGCGAGGAAAGCUAAGUUUUUCUUCUUCCAGAGGCAUGUGUAUAAUCAAAGUUAAUUAUGCUGCAUAUACAAUAUUAAUGUAAAAUCAAUUACGCAACUCCGAUACGAAUAUGAAUAUAUAUAUAUAUUGUACACCAACAUAGAGGCGUUUAGCUAAGGGAGUUUGGCGAUCAUUUAAGACUUUUUAGGCCAGUAAACCGUAGUCACUGUAUAGAGUCAAGCGAAUAACACCACACUCUGGUGUUAUCUGAACCAGAUAUAAUCCUUGAGUUAACACUAAGAUUAGGCAGAGGCUGGAGGCGGGAGGAGGUCGACGGGUGUUGGGAGCAAGGCAGUCUAGUUGUAGUUCAAUAUGAAGGUAGCCUUCUUAAUUAAGUUAAAUGCCUGGCCAGGCACAGUGCUAAUGAAAAGCAAUAAUGCAAAAGUUGUUAACUCAGAAACACACACUCACAGAGACACACUCACCAAACAAAAAGAAUAAUAUAUGUAUGUAUAUGUUACCAAAUAGGUUUCCGUUUGUUCAUUUCACGGUUUUCAAAAGUAAACUCUGCACAGUACCUAAAAAAUUAACAAUUAAUCGAAGAACAAACCAGCAACGUGUGACCAAUAAAAAUACAAAUAAACUAAAAGUAAAUCAAUCUGUUUAAAAAACAAUUCAAUAUUCCAUAGCCAAACGAUAAUAAAUAAUUCAAAGAAUAUAAAAGCAACAAAGGAAUUUCUAUCAGCCAACAAAAUAUAAUAUUUAAGUAAUAUUAUUAGUUAAAGCUCAUAUUAAACCCAUUAAAAGCCCGACUCGAUAGAGUUUCAUAAACGAGCAUGUAGUUUCCUUUCCCUUCAGGCACAACGAGUUUAAAGCAUUUAUUUUCAUUUGGCUGACACGGCAAAAUAUUGCCUGUAAAACGUGGCGAUUGGUUACAAAUUAAUUUAUUGCAAGGCCAUGGUAAAUAAUUAUGUGUUCAUUGUUUUCGGUUCCAUUGAAAACGCAUUAAAACUGUACAAGCAGCGGUAUUUUUCCCAAAUUGAAUAUACUUUUAAAUAGCCGCUGAGCCUAUUAAAAAUUCACAAGUUUAUGUUAUACAAAAAGGAAAACAAAUUCUGAAAUUGUGAAUAUUUCAUGUUCAGCGCCAUUUGGUUUCGGGUAUGUGGCGCAUAUUUAAUGACGAGUAAUUGAACAAUGUACACUUUUUUCUUUGUUAUCCUGUCGGAGGGAGAGGGAGCUCAUUCAUUUAACAUUGUAAAUCAAUUUGUAGUGCAAACAAGAGCGAGCUCAACUCUCGACAUUUGUGUGGACCGCUGAAAUGACAAUGAAAUUGUAAAAAAUCUGUAAGGAUGUCCCCAACACAAUGGGCCAAGUGCUUGGUAAAUAUAUAUAGACACUCUUCAAGUCCAACAAUGGAUAAUACAUAUAGAAGCAAAUAAAACCAAGUGCAGAUAAAUCUUUCUCAUUAAAGUUAUAGUACAGAUUAUUUAUUUGUUAAUUCGAUUCUAGGCAUAAAUCAAACACCAAACAAAUUUACACAAAUCUUUAGAGAAGGUAGAUCGAUAGAAUGUUUAUAAUAUUAAUAAUUAUUUACUGUAUAUGAAUGUAUAUUGCUUAGAUUGUUUGAAUAAGUACUCCAUCAAGUCGUGAUUGUUAUAUGAUAUUCAUAUAAGAAUUAUCUGAAUGUAUUUACUAAAUGUUUGUUCAUGUUGUUUGCAACUAAAUGCCACUGAGAAGCAACUCAAAAACUCACAUACUAGCAACAAGAAACUAAAACACAAAAACCAAAUUACCAAACUGGGUACCAAUCAAAUAUGA